AUGGUACAACCAAGAAGAAACACUAGUGUCUUCUUACGUACAGUUGAACUCGUUACUACUGUUGCCAUUUUGUGUCUCAGUGGAAGCAUUUUGGCCAAGGUGGGCCACGAUAUCCCUAGAGUGUCAUUUACAACCACCGUGGCUGCCAUUGAUAUCCUUUACUUGGGGUAUGUAGGUCUUUUUGUUCCAGUUGCUUUGAACAAUACAACUCCUUCAUUUGUCAUCUUGGGUGCUCAGUCAGCUGUUUGGAUACUUUACCUUGGUUCUUGGGCUGCAAUUGCUGCUCAUUUUCCAACUGAUUGCACCACAAACUCAUGGGAAAACAGUUCAACAGCUACUUGCCGUUCCUAUCAGGCUUUACUCCCAUUUACAUUGUUCAAUUGGCUCUUAUACAGUGUUGAAGGCACGUUGUUUCUCAGCUACAGUUAUGUCAAUGAGGUCGUGAAUUACGGUUUGGGUCACACUUUCAGACCAAGCCCAUUUUAUUGGGGCUCCAUAUUUGCUCUUGAUCUUGGCCUUGUCCGUCAAUGCUGCGGAGUCUUGCUUUUCAGACACUCGUCCGAAAAAGACGAAACACGCCGUGGUGAUCUCGAAGGUGGAGCUACACGCAGAGAUGCUAAUGGUGGUGAAAUUGCCCCUGCAGAGAACGGCAUCUUGGAAGAGGAGGAGGCAAAAAUUGUAGCAGCAGAGCAGCCAACUCCAGCUGGACACGGUGUCCAUGAUCAUGCUCGUGGCAUGGCCACAGUUCCGGAGCGUAGAUCGAUCCAGAGUAACAGAUCCGUGACAGGUGGUGAGUCCGUUAGACCUGCUCGAGUUUGA